GGUCUUCGGUGACGUAGAAAGCACAACAUUUGGGGUGCCAUUGUGUGUCCCCGCCAUAUUGUCGUCCUGUGUCUUUGACUGCGGCCCCCAGGUCUCUCUCCUCGGUAUCUCUGUCCCCCCUACUGACAGCGGGAAUCGCAGGAGGUCACCUGGACACCCGGUGACUGGAAAUGGAGUCAGUGACCUUGGAGGAUGUGGCUGUGAACUUCACCUUGGAAGAGUGGACUAUGCUGAAUGCAUCCCAAAAGGAGCUCUACAAAGAUGUGAUGCAGGACACCUUGAGGAACCUGUCCUAUAUAGGUGAAGGAAACAAAUGGGAACACCAAAAUAUUGAAAAUGAGUAUGAAACUCUCUGGAGAAAACUAAGUCAGUUGUUGGAGAGACUCUGUGAAUAUACCGAAGGUCAUCAGCGUGCAGAAAUCUUUAACUGGACCCCAGAGUGUGCUGUGAGCCAGAAGUCAUGUCCAGUUCCCCCAUAUGAAAGCCCUGUCUAUGAAGAAGUAGUUAUUGGCCAUUUAUCUGUGAAUGUCUCCCCUCAUCCUCACCCAGGACACAAACUGUAUGCCAUUCAGGAAUAUGGAAAAGAAUUGUAUAAACACAAAGAAUCUGGGAACACCUCCAUUUCUUCCACACCUUUUCAGAAGCAAAAAACAAUUCGCACUGAGGAGAAACCUGAAACUAGUCACUGUAAGGAAGAUUCCAGGUGUCUCCCAUCCAGUCAGAACGAUGGAAAGAGCUCCAGUGGAGAACCGCACUAUGAAUGUAAGCAGUGUGGGAAAGCAUUCACUUCUUCUAGCUCUUUUCGUAGGCAUGAAGAAUAUCACAGCCGAGAAAAAUCCUAUGUGUGUAAGCAGUGUGGGAAAGCCUUCCCCUUUCCUAGCUCCCUCCAAAUACAUGAAAGAAUCCACACUGGUGAGAAGCCCUAUAUGUGUAAGCAGUGUGGGAAGACCUUUGCCCGUUCGAGCUCCCUGCUGACGCAUGAGAGGAUUCACACUGGAGAAAAGCCCUACGUGUGUAAGCAGUGUGGGAAGGCCUUCACCGAUCGUAGUUCACUUCGAUUCCAUGAAAUGAUGCACAGUGGCGAGAAACCGUAUAAGUGUACGAAAUGCAGUAAGGCGUUUGCUUCCUCGGGCGCCUUUCGAAAACAUGAACGAACUCACACAGGAGAGCAACUCUUCGUGUGUUUGCAAUGUGAGAAGGUUUUUAGCUGUGAAAGCGCUUUUCGAACACAUAAAAUAAUUCAUUCUGGAGAAUGUGUCUGUAAGCAAUGUGGUAAAGCCUUCACUAGUCACAGCUCCGUUAAGUACCAUGAAUUGAUGCAUAGUGGAGAGAAACCCUAUGUAUGCAAGCAGUGUGGGAAAACCUUUAGGUCUCCAAAACAAGUUCAGAUUCAUAAGCGAACUCACACUGGAGAAAAACCUUACGUCUGUAAGGAAUGCGGGAAAGCUUUUACCUUUCUCGGUUCCCUUCAAUACCACGAGUUGAUUCAUACCGGGGAGAAACCCUAUCUAUGUAAACAAUGUGGGAAAGCCUUCAGGUCUUCUCGUCAAGUUCAGAUACACGAACGAACUCACACUGGAGAGAAACCAUAUGUAUGUAAGCAGUGUGGCAAAGCCUUCUUUUCUUUGUAUCAUUUAAGAAGACAUGAAGUAAUUCACAGUGGCUCGAACCCCUACGUUUGUAAGCAAUGUGGGAAAGCCUUUAGUUGGUUUAGUACCUUUCACAGUCAUAAACAGACUCACACUGGUGAAAAACCCUAUUUAUGCAAGCAAUGCGGAAAAGCCUUCUGUAGUCGCAUAUCAUGGAGAAGACAUGAGAAGGCUCACACCACAGUGAAGCCCUAUGCGUGUGUGCAAUGUGGAAAAGCCUUUCGUUCUCCUAGUUAUCUCAAAAUACAUGAAAGGAUCCACACUGGGGAGAAACCCUUUAUAUGUUCUCAGUGUGGGAAACCCUUCCGUUCUUUCCGAUAUGUCAAGUCACAUGAAAGAAGCCACACUGGAGAGAAACCCUUUGUGUGUUCAGAAUGUGGGAAAGCCUUCAGUUAUUAUAGCUCUUUCCAUAGACAUAGAAGAACUCACCAGGCAGUAACCUUGAACGCAGAACUAGAAGAGACGUCGUAACACCCGUAAGACUGCGCGUGAAGAAAACUUCUGUAAAGGUUAAAUUAAGCAAGUGAAACACCUGGCCCUGCUCAUGGGUAAAGAGAACUUUAGGCCAGACAUGGUGUGGCACACCCUUCAUCCCAACACUUGAAAGGCAGAGGCAGGGGAUCUCAGAAUUCAGGGCCAACCUGAUCUACACACUGAGUUUCCGGUCACCGAUGGCUCCAUAGUGUGACUGUUUUGUAUGAAGAGCAAGUUUGGCUGGAAGAGAUGGCUUCCUUUGGUACAUGUGCAUAUACUUGCCCGGUAAAAUCUUUGCUUGGCAAAGUACAAGAAACUCAAGAGUAUCGAGUAGUGGCCCAGUCCUCUCACAGGGUUUCAUUUGUUCAUUCCCAUAAACAUCAGCAAUGUGAAGGACUGGAUACAAUUUUUUGUUUGUUUGGUUGGUUUUUGGUUUUUCGAGACAGGGUUUCUCUGUGUAGCCCUGGCUGUCUUGGAACUCACUCUGUAGACCAGGCUGGCCUCGAACUCAGAAAUCCGCCUGCCUCUGCCUCCCAAAUGCUGGGAAUAAAGGCGUGCGCCACCAUGCCCGGCUUUUUGUUUGUUUUAAGAAUGCCUUAGAAAAUGCAAAAUCUGAAGAAACUAUGUAAAUAUAUUGAACUUACUAGAAUUCACUAGGGAUUUGUUUUUGUUUGUCGGAAAUAGUCUUGCCAUGUAACCCAGACUGUCCUCGAACCAAUUAUAAAUCGUCUUGUUUCAACCUCUAGAUGGUGGGGGUGAAAGCUGUCUGCUUCCACAUCCAGCAUCAGUCGUUCAUACUCCCUCUACCCCUUUGAUUUCUGCAGACAUGGUUUCUCUGUGUCGUACGGGCCAUCCUAGAACUCUAGAUCAGGCAGGUCUCGAACUCAAGAGAUUCACCUGUCUCUGCUACCCUAGUGAUUGGGUUAAAGGUGUGUACCACCACCACCCAGCAUUUUUUAAAGAUUUAUUUAUUUUUUAUUUAUAUGAGUACAUUGCAGCUGUCUUCAAACACACACUAGAAGAGGGCAUCUGAUCCCAUUACAGAUGGUUGUGAGCCACCAUGUGGUUGCUGGGAACUGAACUCAGGACCUCUGACAGAGCAGUCAGUGCUCUUUACUGCCAUCUCUCCAGCCCCCGCCCAGUAUUCUUACAGAAACCUUUCUGGACUCCAUGCUUCACAUUUUUGCUUUAGAAUAUUAUCUCUAUUUUAGUUAAUUUUUAAAAUUGUGUGUAGAUGCGUGUGUCUGUACGGAUCUGUGCACAUCCAUGUAGUUCCUGAAGAGGGUGUGUCAGAGCCCCUGGGGCUGGAGUUAAUGGCUGUGAGCUGUCCCAUAGGUGUGCUAGAACCCAUGUUCGCUGCCAGACUUCUGUUCAAGGAAUGGCACUACGCCGUUUCUCUCGCCCCUAGAAAAUGAUCUUGACACUGUUUGAGAUGGAGGAUUACGUAAGUACAGGAGAUGGAAACAAGAAAAGACCUUAGAAGGAAUUACAAACAAAAAGUGUACUAUCAUUACAGUGAUUUUCAUUUUUAUCUUUUUGUAUCAAAUCAGGUAGUUUUUUUCUUUCACUUUAAGUUAUAUACAUUCACUGGUGAGUUGAUAAUUACUUGUUAAAUGCCAGGAAACAUAAAAAGUGAGUUGUUUUCAAGCCUUUGAGAUUAAUGAGUGGAGGAAAAAUGACUUUUUGUGGAUAUUGAGAUUUUUUUCUUGCCAUUUUCUUUUUAAGACUGUCAUUCUCUUCUAUGAACAAGAAACUUUUAUACUUUUUUGUUAACUUUUCUCUCUACCUGAUGUUUUUUUCUAACAUUUCUUGUCGCCAUGCCCUUUACACAACUUUCAAAACACUUUUAGGUUAUCAAAUGUUAACUCUUGUCUAUGUAGAAGGUAGGUAUAAAUGUCGCUCUAUAAUCAUAGAUUGACAUCACAUUUAGAAGUUGUUUCCAUGUCACAAGCUGUUCUUACUGUACAUGUAUACUUAAUAAUUUGCUCUCAUGUAAAUGUUGCUUUUCAUGCUUAUUUUGUUGUAUCUUUGAUUUUUUUAUUGUAAUUUCUCCUGUCAUUAUACUAAAAGAUAUAUUGGCAUUAGUGGCUUCUUGCCAAAGACUAAGCACCGUGUAAUAAAUCAUAGUCAAUCUCUCCAUAUAUAUACAUAUACAUACAUAUAUACUAUAUAUAUAUAUAUAUAUAUAUAUAUAUAUAGUAGCUAAGUAUGCCUCAUCAGUGAGAACAUUGCAUAAAUGUUCUGCAGGUAUUGGUGGUUAGCUUAUAAGGCUUUAUGGGAUUCGUUAGAUAUAGUUAGGUGCCUCUUGAAUGUACUGAGAUGUGAGUAUAAUUCCAUAUUUGUUAAUUGUGGUUAUUAUUUGGAGGUCCUCAAACAGUGCAGUGCAGGAAGCUUUAAUCCAUGAGCAUAGCUCGGCACGUUAGUGAGGAGAGGGUACUUUGCUCACUUUCAUGACUCAGGAUGUUUUACGUUUUGUUGGAUUUACGGACAACUUUACAGGGUGGCCUUUUCUUUUGUCCUAGUUUGGGACACCUGCCUUCAUAGCCGAAGACUGGCCUUUGCUUUGAACACCUGUGUUCUGGGCCAGUUUUUAACCUUUCAGAGUUUCUAUACCAACACAAUAUUUCCUCCAAUAUAUUGGUUGCUAGUCUUAACAAAUGCAAAUGUUCCUAAUUACCCAUUGGUUAUGUUCUCAUAACCAAUGCAAGGGGUAGCCAUAGCAAUGAAAGGGUAACCAUAGCAAUGAAAGGGUAGCCAUAGCAAUGAAAGGGUAACCAUAGCAAGAAAUUGUACUCAACCUAUUGAACAUGAAACUUUAGGCAUUUCCAGGUCUCUUACAUUAGGCCCAGAUAGGGGGAAGUAAUUUCUUAUGCAUAUUACUUUUAGCUUUAAAUUAAAAAAAAAUGGCAUGUAUUAUUGAGCAAAGUAAUGGUUUUUGUCAUGAUAUUUUGACAGUUCUACAUAUUUGACUCUCUUCACCCAUUUUUUUUUCUAUCUCCCAACCCCUUCCCUCUGCCUAAUGGUCCUCAUUUCCUCACAAGUAGACCCUUAGAGUCUCUCUUUUGCCUACUAGAGUCUGUGUAUGCUAAAACACAGGCUGUGUUGGCUGAGCCUGGCUUCUUUCAUUUAAUGUGAUUUCUAGUUCCCUUCAGUUCUCUGGGCAUCAGUGUAUGCCAUCGUAUAUUUGUGGAGGUCAAAGCAGUUUUAGGAAUCUGUUCUCAUGUCCUACCUUGUGGAGGAAAGGUCACUUACUUAUGCCAUGCUGCACACUGCAGGCAUCUAGCCCACCAGCUUGCGACCGAUUCACCUGUCUACACACACACACACACACACACACACACACACACCAUGCGCGCACACACACACACACCCAUCUCCCUAAAGGAGAGUUAGGUGCUACCAUAUCUGAAUUUGUAUGUGGUCCCCAGGGAGCCAGGUUUGCUUAUCAAGUACAUUUAUCUAUUGAACCAUCUUCCAGGGCUCUUAGGUAGUAAAAUUUUAUACAACCAAGUGUUCUUUCUGGAUCCUGGACAUUAUGGUUAGGCACCAGGGUCAUGGGGAGUUAGGCAUGGAAUGAAUGUUCUAGAAGACCUCACAUACAGAUCACUGGAUCAGAUUCCAAGCAGUCAGGAGUCUGAUUAUUAAGGUAUAGUCAUAUUUGCUUUUAUUUUGAUUCUUUCACUCAUCUACAUUCUUUCCAAUCUUCUUAGCAAUUAUAAAUACAAAUAUGUUUAAUAUAAUUCUACUACUGGGUGUGGUGCCCUUAAUCCGAGCACUUGGGAGGUAGAGACAGAGGCAGGUUGAAUCUCUGUAAGUUUGAGGCCAACCUGGUCUACUUAAAUGAGGUCCAGGCCAGCCAGAGGUAAAUAAAUUGUAAGAUUGUCUCAAAAAAGAAAGACUACUUCUAAAGCUGUUUUUUUUUGGGGGGGGGGGGGGGCUCAGACUCUUCCUAGACCUGAACUCACUUAGGAGAUUGAUAGCCACUAGUCAUUUCCUUUUUAAUUUUUUUUUAACCUAUGUUUAUUUUAGGUACAAGGUGAGCUGUGUGUAUGCUUGCUACAGUGUCCAUGAGGAGGUUAUGACAACUGUGAGGGCUGGGUUUCUCCAGUUAUUUGGGUCACAGUCAAUUGCUUGGAGGCAGUUUCUCUGUAUCCACUGAGCCAUCAUCGCCCCAGCCCAGGUCAUCUCCUUAUAAAGUCAAUAGGACUUUCUUCAUGAAGAGAGUCCAUAAUUAAAAGUUCUUCAGCCCAGGUCAUCUCCUUAUGAUGUCUAUAGGACAUUCUUCAUGAAGAGAGUCCAUAAUUAGAAGUUCUUGGGUCCAAACUCUCAUGUGUGACUCAGUGAUUCAUUACCCCCAAGUAAUUAAAUCCCAUGACAAGGAGAAUAUCAAGAAACACCCUUGGUGUUCAUCCAGAUUAUCGGCAUCUCUAGCACAGGGUUAUCUUAAAUGACUGCUUUAGGUCAAGCAUGGGAGAGCACCUCAGGAGGAUUUGCCCUGGGUCAGUUAGCUUUGCUUUGCUUAGCUUUGCUUUGCUUUGCUUUUCAUUUUGUUUUUUUUUUUUAUUGAUGUUGUGUUUGUUUGUUUGUUUUUGUUUUUUCGAGACAGGGUUUCUCUAUGUAGUCUUGGGUGUCCUGGAACUCACUUUGUAGACCAGGCUGGCCUCGAACUCAGAAAUCUGCCUGCCUCUGCCUCCCGAGUGCUGGGAUUAAAGCUAGGGUAGUAGCACAAUGAGGCUUAAGAUUUUGCUACAGAGACAAAAAGGUGGAUCCUUUCCCUGCCCAGCUACUCUGUCCACCAGGGAAACCUUUCUACACCCUCAUCUGAAGCACCCUGGCAGUGAUGUCUCUGCCUCUCAGUAAUGUCCUCCCCACCAGAAUUCACCAAGGUCGCACCGUGCUCAGUGGAGCCAGCUCAAGCAGCAGCACUACUUUAAAUACCUGCGUCAGGAGUGAUGCUCCCAGCAUCGCUCUGGCGCUGGGUAAUGAUUUUCAGGGGCUUGCACAGCUCCAUGGUUCAGUGAAUAAGACUGUGUCCUCCAGGAAAUUGGGUUUGCUGGCCAAGGAUUGCACGCUCCCACAGUUACAUUCCUAUGCGUCCAGUGAUCUGCUCUGGGGCUCAAUUACAGUGUUAAGUCUGGCCCUUGAACUUGAGAAUGUAUGUGAUACUGAGUUUUAACAGCUUGCUUCUCUGAGUGCAUUCAUAUGUUUUCUUUACUUCCUCUUGAUUCAUUUUUUGAGUGUAGGUACCUUAUAGUUCUGUCAAAGGUAGACAGAGUUGACAGGUCAGUAACAUUCAGCCUGCAGACAAAGGUAGAAAAUGUUUUAAACAUGCAAUGUUACAGCCACAGCUAAUACCCUGAUUUCCUUGUAUUUGUGAAGGAAGGCACCCCCACCCCCACCCCAACAUGCACACACCUCAGGAAGGAAGGGAGGGAGGGAGGGAGGGAGGGAGGGAGGGAGGGAGGGAGGAAGGAAGGAAGGAAGGAAGGAAGGAAGGAAGGAAGGAAGGAAGGAAGGAAGGAAGGAAGGAGAGCUUACGGACACUUCCUGCUCUUGCAAAGAACUCACAUUCAGAUCCUAACAGUCAAGGCUGCUCACAACCAUUUGUAACUCCAGCUCCAGGGAAUUUGAUACCCUUUUCUGGCCUCUGCAGAUACCUACAUACAGGUGCACAUACCCACAUAUAGAAAUACACCCAUACACAUUAAAUAUAUAAAUGUGUGUGUGUGUGUGUGUGUGUGUGUGUGUGUGUGUGUUAAAUAGGCACCAGAUUGGGCUGGAGCGAUGGUUCAGCAGUUAAGAGCACUGACUGCUCUUUCAGAGGUCAUGAAUUCAAUUCCCAGCAACCACAUGGUAGCUCACAACCAUCUGUAAUGUGAUCUGAUACCCUCUUCUGGUGUGUCUGAAGACAGCUACAGUGUACUCAUCAUAUAUAUAUAAUAAAUAAAAUCUUUUUAAAAAAGCAAACAAAAAAAUGGGUACCAGAUGAAAGGGGUUCAGGACAUGGUUGCUUCUAGGUAUGGUGGAGGAAAAGGCUUUUUAUAGAUAUGUGAAAGAGUGUGGCUAGAGGCAGAGACAUCUGGGAGAGUCCUGAGUGAGCAUGAGCUGUGCCAUGUGAGGAGAGAAGGAGAGGACACAGCAGGAGAGCCAGGUGUAGCAGCUAGGAGGCCCAAAGGGGACAGAUGACCAAAAUGGCUGGAUUACAUAGGAAAGGGCAUGUGUGAGAAGGGCAGUCUAUCCCCUGGGCUAGAGAAGUCUGAGGUAUGCCAGCCAGGAGGACCCUGUGAUGGUGGGACUGAGGACUGGGAGAACCUGGCAGCCAGUGUCUGCUUUGAUAUGGUAAGUAGGCACCUCAUUCAUCUGUCCUGGGUUUGAAACCUAACAUGUAUAUUAUACAAUAUAUUAAUAAGUUUGUAUGGAUAAUAUACAGUGCAUAUUAUUGAAUCCUUAAUCUCAUAAUUAAUGUAUAAUAUAUCAAUAUAGUAGAAUAUAUUAAUCAUAUAACAUAAUUAAUACAUAUUAAUAAUUAGCACAUUUUUUUUCUGGGCCUGAUGGUGAAUGCCUUUAAUGCCAGCAUUGUGGAGGCACAGGUAAGUAGAUCUCAGAAUUAGAGACUAGUCUAGUCUACAUAGCAAGUUCAGGCCAGCAAGGCCUAUAUAGUGAGACCUUUCCUCAAAAUUCUUUUCCCAACUCAAAAGAAGAAGCCACACUGAACAUUAAAUGUUCUGUAAAAGUAAUUACAGCUUCAGUGGCUGGAGAGAUGGAAUGUUGUAGGUUCAAAGCUUAAUUAUAAUUUGUCUUGGGCUAUCUUUAGCUCUCUUAUUAGCCUUUUUUUUUUUUUUUUUUUUUUUUUUUUUUUUUUUUUGCCUGCUUCUGUGUCUGGCCUAAUAUCCUUGUGAUUAUCAGGUAAAGUCUUUUCAAGUAUAUUAAUUUAGCACGCUACUAGCUUCCACCAACCAAAUGGCUAAGCAUGUGGUCAGGUACUCCUAGACGUCCCCAUUUUCUGUAAUCUACCUACCCGAUGUUUCCACCAAUAUAUUUCAAGCCUUUUGACUUUCUUAGCUUUGUUUCUAUAAAACAUCAUAACAUCGUUACCACAUUGGAACAUACUACUGGUGUAAUGUGAGUCUAUUUCCAGGCCAUGGUCACUCAUUUGCCUCCAGAAUAAAUUAUGUCUUAUCCCUUUUGAA